AUGACUUUCCAAGAGUUCAUGAAUAUUCUUACUAAAUUCUUGAAAAUUGAGAGGUGGAUAUAUAAAAUGGCUGAACCUAUGGCCGGACAAGCUGAAGACUUUAUCAUUGAAUCCAAUUGGGAUGAAUCCAUUGAGAGUUUCGAUGAUAUGGGUCUUAAAGAAGAGCUGCUACGCGGCAUUUACUCUUACGGGUUUGAAAAGCCGUCAGCCAUCCAACAAAAAGGCAUCAAGCCAAUUAUCCUUGGCCAUGACACAAUUGCUCAGGCACAGUCAGGGACAGGGAAAACGGCAACUUUUACAGUGGGCGCACUCCAACUCAUCGAUACCGAAGUCAAUCAAUUACAAGCUCUGGUCCUUGCUCCUACCAGAGAGCUUGCUCAACAGAUCUUCCGCGUUAUAAGUCAAAUUGGCGAGUAUAUGCACAUCAAAUGCCAUGCAUGCAUCGGAGGAACUGUAGUCAAAGAGGAUAUUCUAGUAUCAAUGAAUGCAAAAAAACAUAUAUUUAUUUCUUAAAAAAAAUAAAAUAUAUGAAAAAAAAUAUCAGAAUUUUGGAAAGAGGAGUCCAUAUCGUCGUAGGAACCCCAGGUCGAGUUUUCGACAUGCUCAGCAGGAACCACUUGUCAGCUCAACAUCUAAGAGUUUUCAUCCUUGAUGAGGCUGACGAAAUGCUGUCACGAGGGUUUAAAGAACAAAUCCAAGAGAUCUUUAGACACCUCCCUGGGAACAUCCAAUGCUGCUUGUUCUCAGCUACUAUGGCUCCAGAUAUUCUUAAACUAACUGAAGAUUUUAUGAGAAACCCUAUCAGGAUCCUCGUCAAAAAAGACGAGCUGACCUUGGAAGGUAUUAAGCAAUACUAUAUUCCUAUUGAAAAAGAAGAAUGGAAAUUCCCAACACUCUCUGAUUUGUAUGAGAACUUAGAUAUCACCCAAGCCAUCAUAUACUGCAAUACCAGGAAAAAGGUAUUUCGAAUUCAAUUAAAUAAAUUUUUUAUAAUAAUGUUUUUUUAUAUAGGGUGAGAUAUUUUUGAAAAUUAUAAUAGCAUUUAGUCUCAAUAUUUGAGGAUAGAAACCUUAGCCCAGCAAAUGACUGAUAAAGACUUUGUAGUCAGCUUCAUGCAUGGAGAAAUGGAGCAAACACAAAGAGAGCUCAUUAUGAGAGAGUUCAGAAGCGGUUCAAGCAGAGUUUUAAUCACAACUGACCUUUUGGCUAGAGGAAUUGACGUACAGCAGGUGUCAUUGGUCAUUAAUUAUGACAUGCCAACCAACUAUGAAAAUUACUUACAUAGAAUCGGAAGAAGUGGAAGAUUCGGAAGAAAGGGAGUUGCGAUUAACUUUGUGACUGAGCAAGACGCACAGUUCUUGAGAGAUUUGGAGCAGCAUUAUUCAACCCAAAUAGAGGAGAUGCCUGAAGACGUGGCAACUAUUCUUUAA